AUGCGACGUGUGCCGCGAGACACAUGCGAUCCCUUUGGCGCCACGCCGUUGCACAAUGCAUGCUUAGCCCGACGUCCUGCCGGACGAGAAGGGAUGAUAAAGAAAUUGCUCGAUGAUGGCCACUCAGCGAAGAAGAAGGAUGCCGCUGGUAUGACCCCUUUGCACAACCUUUGCAGAACAGUGGGAAGGAGUGUUUCGGAGUUGGCUUCCUGUGCCUCGCACCUUCUUCAAGCCCGCGCAGAUGCCAAUGCUAGGGACAAGUGCGGGAGAUCACCGUUAAUGUUACUAUGUGCCAAUGAGAGCGCACUUCCACCCAUGCUUGGCACGUUGCUCGGGCACCGUGCCAAUGUUAAUGCCCGUGACAAGCGUGGGAAGUCUCCUCUUCACACCCUUUGUGCUAACGAGAAGGUAUCAUCUGAGAUGAUUACGGUGCUCCUCGAGAGCCGUGCUGAUGCAAACCAGCAGUCAAAUCAGCUUGUGUCUCCCCUUCAUGACCUUUGCGCAAACUGGUCUUUGCCACCAGCCCAUGUCCUUCUUCAAGCCCGAGCAGAUGUGAACGCAGUCAGCAAGAUGGGGACGACGCCUCUCCACGAGCUGUGCGCCAACAUCGGUGACUACCAGUGCAGGGAUGGAGUCCACCACGUGCAGCAGUUGCUGGAGACCCGGGCAGAUGUGAACAAGCUGAAUGACGAAGGGCAGCGGCCUUGCGAGCUUCUUUGCUUUAACUUCUUUCAGAAUGGGGAUAGCCCUACGGGGCCACUCUGCCCUGAGGUGUUAGACUCUGCUCUCGCUCCACUCCUUUCUGCGGAAGUGUCACAGCUGCGCAACACAAGCUUUCAAGCGAAGGCAGAGUGGUUCCGGGGUGUUCUGGACAUGCUUCUAGUAUCCUCAUUGCCACCCUAUCCAGAAUUCGAUCUUGCACAUUUAGAGGUUCACCGAGACCACGUGCUCCAAUCCAUGUGCCCGCAAUUGGAGCAGUUGACCCCUCACCUCGAAGAGAUCGGUUUCGACUUUGAGACGGGACAAGGUUCGGGGCUCACUCGGGAGCUCUUUGUGGUUUUCUCCUCUGAGAUGGCAAAUGAGAACUACAACCUGUUCGUGUGCACCGACACUGAUCCUCCCAGACUGUCCUUGUCACCACGCCCCUGCGUGAACGAGUAUCGCAACUCCUACUUGCAGCUGAUCGGCAAGAUGAUCGGAUUUGCGCUGUUGAAGGAGCAGCACCUUCCUGUGCACUUUGCGAAGCCAUUCCUUAAGGAGCUCCUCGACGUGGACUUCUCCUUCGAGGACCUGCUAGACUUCGACCCCGACCUUUACAAGCGUCUUGUGCAUCUACGUACAUACGACGAGGAGACAGUGAAUCAGUUGGGCCUCAACUUCUCCUUGGAUGAUGCCUACUUCGGGAAGAGACGAAAGGUCAACCUACUGUUAGGUGGUGAAGACAUCCCUGUCACAAAGGGUAACUUGGAGGUGUACCUACGCCUCUAUGCGCAGCACAGGAUGAAGUCAGACGAGAAGGCGCUCAGCAGCCUGAAGCGCGGGUUUCAUGACUUCUGCCCACCAGCCCUCAUUCAGGCAGCCCGAAGGUUCUUGACCAUCGAGGACUUUGACAAACUACUGUCAGGUGUGGAAGAAAUUGACGUUGAUGACUGGCAGAAACACACACGCUACGACAGCAAAGGUACACCGCGGACGAAAGUCGUGAGGUGGUUCUGGGAGGCUGUUAGAGCCAUGUCCUUGCAGCAGAGGAAGCAGCUACUUCGCUUUGCAACCGGACGAACCAGUGCCCCCAUCGGUGGCUUCAAGCUCAUGAAGUCCGAAGAUGAGCACAUUCCUUUCACCAUUGCGCUGAAAGAGGGGCCCGUAGAGGCCAAGGUCAGAAGCUUCUAUCCGACAGCAGCAACAUGCUCGAAUCUCCUGCAGCUGCCACGCUACAAGAGCAAGGCAGAUCUGGAGAAGUAUCUUUCGGCGGCCAUUAAGGAACAGAUGAUGGCCUUUGCAGAGGCAUGA